AAGGGGCGGGCUGCAGAGGCGGGGUUAAACGGCGCCAUCGCGGCGCGCAGGGGGCGGAGAGGAUGGUGUCCAGAGCAUGGUGCCGGCCGCUGUGCGCCGGGGCUCCGCGCUGCCUGCCCGGCUGGGGCAGCGCCGCCUUCUCCUCUCGCUCGCCGUCAUCAAGCACCAGUGAUGAGAUAUUAAAAGAAAAACGUGCUCAAAUCAUGUCUCGAGGACUUCCAAAACAAAAGCCAAUAGAAGGAGUUAAGCAGGUACUAGCUUUUGCUUCUGGGAAAGGAGGAGUUGGAAAGUCAACAACAGCAGUAAACAUAGCCCUUGCAUUAGCAGCACAUGAUUCGACAAAAGCAGUGGGUUUGCUUGAUGCAGAUAUUUAUGGCCCUUCAAUUCCAAAGAUGAUGAAUUUGAAAGGAUAUCCAGAAUUAUCACCAAAAAACUUAAUGAGACCUCUUAAGAACUAUGGCAUUGCAUGUAUGUCUAUGGGUUUCUUGAUAGAAGAGAGCGCGCCAAUUGUGUGGAGAGGACUUAUGGUAAUGUCAGCUGUAGAGAAAUUGUUGAGGCAGGUAGACUGGGGUCAGCUGGACUAUUUAGUAAUUGACAUGCCACCCGGAACAGGAGAUGUACACUUAUCAGUGUCGCAGAAUAUUCCAGUUACAGGGGCAGUGAUUGUUUCUACUCCACAAGACAUUGCUUUACUGGAUGCGCGCAAAGGAGCCGAGAUGUUUCGAAAAGUCCAUGUGCCUAGCAGAGAGGGGACACCAGGACUUGGGAUUAAGUUUGCUGACCACUUUUGGAAGCGGUGCAGAGCUAGGACAAGGGUUUUGGGGCUUGUCCAAAAUAUGAGUGUUUUCCAGUGUCCAAAAUGUAAACAUGAAACCCAUAUUUUCGGAGCAAAUGGUGUAAGAGAUCUAGCAAAAACUCUUGGACUGGAUGUUUUAGGAGAUGUUCCAUUGCAUUUGCAUAUAAGAGAGACAUGUGAUGCUGGCCAGCCUAUUGUUGUGUCUCAGCCUCAAAGUGACAUGGCUAAAGCCUAUCUAAGGAUAGCUAAUGAAAUAGUAAAGAGAUUGCCGCCAACUCCAGCAUGAAGUGCCCAUCUCUAGUACCUGUGAUUAGAACUUAACAAUGAAGACCUUGAUGGUAUCAGCAGUAGGGGAACAAGCAGAAAUACAUAAAUUUUAAUUAUAUAUUGUAUUUGUAAGAAAAUUGUUUAAAAGUUAAUUUCCUGAGUUUAAAAGUAUUUUAUUUUAUAUUUGUCAUGACAUUAUCAUUGGGUUACAUUCAAUGGAUUGAAAGAUUCAGAAGAAAACUGGGAUGGUACCUGAAAUUUUUAUUUAGUCACCUGCAGCUGAUUUUUAAUAUCUUUGAACAACAAGAACGAAAUGCAUCAUUCAGCAAUGCAUUUCCCUCCGUUUUAGGAUGGAGGAUUGGUCUAUGGAAACUCCAGUCCUAGUAUAUAAUGUGCCAUCUUCAUCCAGGAAGAGAGAUUCAAAAGUGAACCACAGCGUUUUGAGGAUUAUAAUUGGUGCCACACAACUGCAUAAAAAAUAAGGGCCUCUGCAAUUCGUGCUACUUCAUGUAUGUUUUUAUUCAGGCCUCUUGUCAAAUUACAAACAUGACCUUAAACUGGGCAAACCAUCAAAGAUUUCAUUAGCAAACUGAAAACUACGCAACUGCCCUAUAUUUGUGUGCAUUUACAACUCAGCAUAAAAAACAAUAUGAUAUGUAUACAUAUACAGUAAUGAUUUUUCCUAGUGGAUCAAAAGCAAGUUUCUUCCCUAUUGGUUUGUAUCAGGUUAAGAGAUAAUUUCCUGCUUAUGGAAUAAUGAACUAAGCAAAUUUACUUGCCUGCUUUGUUAUGUUGAACCCAGAUAGAAAAGAAGAAAACUAGGUAAAAACAAGGUCUUCUUGUAAACCACAGAUCAUAUUUGAAUUCAGUUUGCCAAAGGAAAUAAAUGACAAAAAUAAAUUAAUGUCAUGACUGCUUAUAGGAAUGUGUUCCCAAAUCAAAGUAACUAUAAAGAAUCUGAAUAUGUAAAUUAAAGAUAUUUUAUUGUGUUCUGUGAUUUUUAUUUUUCUGUUGGGGUGUGUGAUUUUUAUGGAUUUAAAAGCACAUGAUUCUGUGGCACAGGCUUUCAUAUACAAAUAGAAGUUUGCAUGUAUAUUUAAACUACUCAAAUAUGUAUCCUUACAGAUGUUUUGCCUUUUACUUCACUGUGGCCCUUAGUUUAUGCCAUUUUUCCUGGUGCUUUUUCUCCUCUUGAAAUGAUCUGACAUAAAAUGGAAUUUGACAUUCUUAGAGCCUUAAAAGAUGGACACUUACAAUGUAAGCUAAAGAAUUUUUCAUGCGUUAUUCAUUGAAUCUCAGACUUUAGUAAAUGUAAAUUUACUAAAUUAGUGGACUUUAGUAAAUUGUAACUUAGAUUUUCUUUAUGUAUUUGAAAAAAGUGCAGAGAAGUAAAAUCACAGUUGAUCUGUUUCAGUAGCUAUGUCAAUUCUAGCUUUUGGAUGUACCUUUGAUUCAAACACAAACCCAAUCAUUUGCAAUUGUCUAGUAAUAUAGUUCAUAAAAAUUAAACCUUUAAAAUGUG